AUGGCCACCUUUGCCAAGCGCACCUUUGACGCAGCCGCUUACUCGGCCUCUCGCCCUUCGUAUCCACGCGCCCUCCUCGACCACGUCGUCGCCUUCCUCGACCGCGCACCCCCAUCGACCACCACCUCGACACCCCCCACCACCCUCGUCGACCUCGGGUGCGGGCCGGGCCUCUCGACCUUCGACUGGCUCAGCCUCCCCUCUUCCUCCUCCUCCUCGUCGACCUCGACCUCGACCACGACCUCGCCCCGCUUCGAGCGCAUCAUCGGCAUCGACCCCUCCCCCGGCAUGGUCGCCGCAGCCCGCACCAUCCUCGCCGACCGCGACCCAAGCCCCUCGGCCGACAUCUGCUUCGAGGUCGCUCGCGGCGACAAGCUCGACGGCGUCGUCGACGACAGCACCGUCGACCUCGUCAUUGCCGGCCAGGCCGCUCAUUGGUUCGACGCGCCGGCGACCUACGCAGAACUCGCGCGUGUCCUCAAGCCGGGAGGAGCGUUCGCCUUCUGGGGCUACGGCGAGUUCUUCUUCCCGGGCAAGCCCGACCUGUCGGCCUUGAUCCCGCGCUACUCGGGUGGCACCCUCGGCCCCUAUUGGGAGCAGCCCGGCCGCUCCAUCGUUGAGAACCUCCUCGCGGCCUUCCCGCUCCCCGCCGCCUCGCCCUCUUCGCCCAUCCCGUCGUCGACCGCGUCGCAGUUCGACCCGGCGUCGCUCACGCGCACCUUCUUCCUGCGCCCCGACACCGAGCAGGGUGCGCUCUCGCCGCUCCUCGAGCCCCUCGCCGCCCCGCUCGGGCCCCCCUCGUCUUCCUCCUCCCUCAGCACGACCUGGCUCGCACCCUCCCCCUCCUCCUCCUCAGCCUCCUCCCCAUCACCAUCACUCCCACACGGCCUCGCCCGCCUCGAGGUGCACCGCACGCUCCUCCUCACGCGCCACUGGUCCGUCGCCGAGCUCGAGGGCUACCUGCGCACGUGGAGCGCCGCGCACGCCUACGACGAGGCGCACCCGAGCGAGGGCGAGGGCAGGGGCGAGGGCGACGUCGUGAGCGGCUUUGUGCGGCAGCUGAGGGAGCGAGGGCUCGGCGAGCUGAGCGAGGGCGAGACGGUCGAGGUGGCGUGGGAGAUGGGGCUCGUCAUGGGCCGCAAGCGGGCCUGA